AUGUCGUCAUCAUUUCUUUUCUCUUUCUUUCUUUUUUCAGCCCGUUCUUUCUUUCCACAUUUUAAUUCUUUUCUUUCUUUCAGAAUUUCUUUCUUUCUUUCUUUUUACUUUCAACUAGUUUUCUUUCACCGUUCUCCCUGUUUCGUCUGUUUCUUUCUUUUCUUUCAUUCUUGCUUAGCUAUUUUCUUUCUUCUUUAUUUCUUUUUAAAACUUUUUAUCUUUUUCCAUCUUUGUUUUUCUCUUCUUUCUUUAUUUUUCAUUUCCUUCUCUUUUUCUUUCGUCUUUCUUUCUUGCAACAUAUCUAUUUUCAUUUUAUUUUUCUUCUAUCUCUCUUUCAAAUAUUCCUUCGUUCUUUCUUUUUUCUUAUUAUAUAUCUUUUUAGCGUCUUUCUUUAUUCCGAAUUUCUGUCAUCUUUUAUCUUUCCUUCAUUCUUUUUUCCUUCUUUCUUUCUUUCUUUCUUUCAUUCUUUCUUUCUUUCUUUCUUUCUUUCUUUCUUUCUUUCUUUCUAAACCACCCACCUUCUUUCCGUUUUUCUUUCUGGUUUUCUUUCGUUUUUUUGUUUGUCUUUCUACAUUAUUCUUUUUUCUUGUUCUUUUUUUUCUUUCUCGUUUUUCUUUUUUUUUCUUUCUCGUCGUCCGUUAUUUUAUGUCAUUUUUUUUAAUCUUUAAUUCCCUUUCUUUUCGUCGUCCGUUCUUUCUUUCUUUCUUUCUUUCUUUCUUUCUUUUCUUUUCUCUCCUUCAGCCUUCUCGUUCCGUUUUUCUUUCUGGUUGCUUCUUUCGUUCUUUGUUUGUCUUUCUACAUUAUUCUUUUCUUGUUACUUUUUUUCUUUCUUUCUCGUCCACCGUUCUUUCUUUCUUUCUUUCUCGUCGUCCGUUAUUUCUUUCUUUCUUUCUUUCUUUCUUUCUUUCUUUCUUUCAUUCAUUCAUUCUUUCUCUCUUUUAUUCUUUCUUUCUUUCUUUCUUUCUCGUCGUCCGUUCUUUCUUUCUUUCUUUCUUUCUUUUGUUCGGUCAUUCGAUUUUGAUUUAUUUAUUUCUUCUUCCAGCUUUUAAACGUUUCUAUCUAUCUAUCUAUCUAUCUAUCUAUCUAUCUAUCUAUCUAUCUAAAUGCAAUUGGCACACCUGGCUUGCUUGCUCUAUCUAUCUAUCUAUCUAUCUAUCUAUCUAUCUAUCUAUUGAUCAUUCUCGUCUUUUUUCAUUCCGAUUUUCUUACGUCCAUCUUUUAUUCAUUCUUUACUUCUUUCCUUUUUUUCUUUCUUUUUCAUCUUUUUUUUCAGUUUGCUUUCUUUUUCUUACUUGCCUCUUCAUUUUCCCCACCUUUACUUUUAAUGUUUUUCCAUCUAUUUUAUUUUCUUUACAUUUCAUUUUGACACCUUUCUCCACCGCCAUUCUAUUUUUAAGAUUUUACUUUCUUUUUCCUUUCUAUGUUUCUUUCAUUCUUUCUUUUUCUAAUAUAUUUCCUUUACAUUCUUUCUUCUUUUUCUUUUUUUCAUUCUUCCUCCUAUCUUUUCUUUCUUUCUUUAUUUCUUUCGUUCUUUAUUUCUUUCUUUCUUUAACGAAUCUAUUUGCCUUAUAUUCUUUCUUCUUUUGCUCGUUUUUCAGUUUUCCUCCUAACUUUUCUUUCUUUCUUUUUUCUUUUUUCUUUUUCUAA